AUGAAAAUUAGUGGAAAUUGGACGACAAUGUUGACGAUGACAACAUGGCAAGAGUAUGUUCCACCGGCAGACGGUGCACAUAAAAGUUGUGCAGAUACUCGAUUAUUGUUCGGUAACGCUGAUGUUACAGUUCCAACAACUCCGGAUGUACCUGUUGCAGCUGCAGCAGCCGCUGCAGCAGCAGCUGUAGCACCGACAAUUAAGUCAUCGUUAUGA